AAAAAUACAACUAUCUACUGUCUGAGUCCUCAUUACUAUAUAACUAACCUUCUUCCAUUCUGCAUCCCAAACAACACAGCAAUACCAUUCGAGAUUCCAAAGAUUGAAGUCUCCUUUCUUCACUUGUUCAAAGUUUUCUCUUAUUACUCAGUGAAUAACCAUGAUCAAUCCCAAGAAACUCAUCAAGAUGGCAAGGAAGUGGCAGAAGAUAGCUGCCAUGAAGAGGAAGAGAAUUUCUCUACCAAGAACAGAUAUGGUUUUGGAUGCUGACUGUUGUAGUACAUCAUCAGUGGCAGAUAAGGGCCAUUUUGUUGUUUACAGUGCUGAUAGGAGACGCUUUGUGAUUCCUUUGGUGUAUCUCAACAAUGAAAUCUUCAGACAGCUUUUGCAAAUGUCUGAGGAGGAGUUUGGGGUACAAAGUGAAGGCCCCAUCAUAUUGCCAUGUGAUUCAGUCUUUAUGGACUAUGCAAUCUCAUUCAUCCAACGUGGUGUAGCAAAAGAUUUGGAGAGAGCUUUGAUCAUGUCUAUAGGUUCAAGUAACUGCUCAUCCUCUGCAUACUUCCAUCAAGGACAGAGCAAUGAGCAAUUACUACUAUGUGCCUUCUAAAGAAAUCAUCCUUCUUUUUUGUUUGUUUGUAAAUGAUCCACACAAGUCUUGUUUGACAAUAUUUAUAAAAUGAGAAUUUCUAAGCUAUCUUCUUCAUGUUUUUUUGUCUUCCCUCGAGAGUAUAAUGCUCAUUGCCUCCAAGAGAGUGGUGGACAAAAUCUGUUAAACAUUAAAAAGCAGCUCAGUGUGAAUGAGCUAUCAAAGAAGGCCUUAUUGAGGCCAAAUCGCCAAACCUCAUUUGCUUCUUGUUCUAAAAUCUGAUUUUACAAUUACUCAAAUUCUAGGCAGAAGAGAGUUUGUUUUAUGAGUGUAUGCUAUCCAAAUGAGGCACAAAUUCAUAUAGAGUACUACAGGCCAUGUACUACUUUCCCCUGUUUUCCCAGAAGCCAAACACAGUGAUGAAUAAAAGAAACAGAAAUAUGAAAACAGACUAACUUCUUUGUAAGUUGGGUUUUCAAGGUAAGCAAUAGUGCUAUAGCUUCCUAUAUCACUUCUUCGUUUUAGGGUCUCCAUGGAUUUGUCUCAUAAGAAACCAAUUUGUGAACAAUUAACAACAGGAGCCAUAGCUCUUGGCUUGACUCACAAACCCCACUUACAAACAGGUGACUUUCUUUUCAUUUUUAUUUAUUUUUUUGUUUCGUUUCUUUUACUCUUAUAGUUGUGUUUGGCUGCUGAGAAAACAGGGGGAAAAGUAAUAUUUGUGGUAUAAUGUAUGAUUUAAAUUAGUGGUCUAUGAACA